GCAAUUACAGUGCUUCUGCUUCGUCGCUGCAUCCGGGAUUCAUGUAGUUAUCGAGGCUAGGGCGAUUGAGAAAUAUUCCCUACAAUUCAAUAAAGGGAGGGGCGAUAGUCGAUGGAGGGGUUAAGUUUGGCUGGACCCGAAGAAAAAAAAAAUACCGCCGGAAAGUGAAAUAGGUAGAUAUUUUAAGCUUAUCACCAUCGUCAUUAUCGAUUACUUUCCCCAUCACUUUGGCGUGCCUUAUCGAGCGAUGCUCACCUCGCCCGCUCACCAAACACGCCCGGUUACUAAAGCCAAUACGAUUCUCUCGUCUCGCCCGCGUACAUAGGUGCCCAUCAUCAUCAUCAUAUCGUCGUCGUCGCCGUCGGCAUUCCCAUCGCCAUGGCGCCCCGACGACCGGAUAAGAAGAAGUCGAAACACCGGCAGCCGGCGGGGGCGGUCUCGCCGCAGGCGCUGGUGAGGGCGGCCGAGGCGCAGCUGCAGGAGGGCAACGUGGGCGAGGCGGCGGCGCUGGCGGAGAAGGCGCUGGCGGGGUCGGCGGCGGGGUCGGACGGCGAGCUGGCGGCGCGCGGGCUGCUGGGUCAGAUCGGGCUCGAGGCGGGCAACUUCGCAGCGGCGCGGGCGCACUUCCUGCGCGCGGCGGCGCUCGACCCGGACGGGUCCCGCGACGAGGCCUCCGGCGGCGGGCCCGACACGUUCCUGUGCCUGGCGCAGCUGAGCGAGGAGGGCGGGCGCGACAGCGUCGCGUGGUUCGAGAAGGGGGCGGCGGCGCUGCGGAAGCGGAUCCGGGGGCUCGAGGAGGAUAAGGAGGAGGCGCGGCGGCCGGGGCUCCUCGCGGAGCUGCGGCGGAAGCUGGCGGCGACGCUGUGCUCGGUGGCGGAGGUGUACAUGACGGACCUGUCGUGGGAGGCGGAGGCGGAGGCGCGGUGCGAGGCGCUGGUGACGGAGGCGACGCUGGUGGCGCCGGAGAGCGCCGAGUCGUGGCAGACGCUGGCCAACGUGCGCAUCUCGCAGGCGCGGGCGGGCGACGCGCGGGCGGCGCUGGCGCGCAGCCUCGAGCUGUGGCGCGACCUCGCGCCCGCCGACCCGGCCGUGCCCGACUACGCGAGCCGGGUCGGGCUCGGGCGGCUGCUGAUGGAGGUCGCGAUGGAGCGCGAGGCGCUCGACGUGCUCGAGCGCCUCGUCGCUGAGGACGACGAGAGCGUCGAGGUCUGGUACCUCGGCGGCUGGGGGCUCUACGUCAUGGGCGAGAAGAAGCGCAAGGACGCGGGCGCAGCGCCGUCGUCGCCAGCUGACGGCGGGGCUAAAGGGAAGGAGGCCGAGGAUAGGGGCGAGGACGAGGAUGAAGAAGAAGACUGGGGGGCGCUGUGGACGUCGAGCCGCGUCUGGCUCAACCAGUGCCUCCACCUGUACAAGCUACAAGAUUACGAGGAUGACCGGCUCGGCGAGCACGCGGCCGAGCUCCUCGCCGAGAUCGCGAAGGAGCUAGGCGAGGCGCCGGCCGGCGAGGACGAUGGCGAGGACGACUGGGAGGACGAGGAGGAUAACGACGAGGAGAUGCAGGGCUAGGUUGUCUCCUGGUACCCUGGAAGUAUGCAGACCGGCUAUAUUACGAGAGGAGGAGGGGGCAAGGG